AUGAAGCCUGAAGCCGAGCUCUCGCCCAGCUCUGUGUAUGAUUUGCUCCCGGUGAAGGAGAUCAGGGGUUAUAAUUACCGGGAGCACCAUUUGGAGGAAGAAGACGAUAACCGUUGUGUGAAACUCGACAACAUCAUUUUAAAUGGAUUCAUCUACAGACCCAUUUCUCCUGACGGUGAAGGGGACGCCUACAACGUUCUCAAUGCGAUGGGUUUAAAAGUCUUCACCAGCACCAAGGUCCAUAAGCCCAGACUCUGCAUGGAGAGAAUGUACCGUGUACAUAUGGCACGGGAGCAUACAUUUGGGAUAGCGUAUGCACACAACAUCGAUCACUUCUCCGAUCAUUUGUAUCACAUCAUCGCUCAUGGCCCAGUGGAGACCAUCCGGAAGUAUUUCCCUGAGACGUGGAUUUGGGAUUUAGUUCCAGUGAAGUCCGUCGGAAGUGCUGAACUGGCCAUGACCAUCCCCGACACCAUCACAGAAUGGAAAGCCAACGCGUUCUGCACUUCAAGUGAUACUGGCUUUGGCCUGUCCCCAACCGUGUCCCUCAGAGCCUUCCAGCCCUUCUUCGUGGAGCUCACCCUGCCCUACUCCAUGGUGUGUGGCGAGACCUUCACGCUAAGGGACACAGUGGUGGCACUCCAGGCACUGUCCCGAUAUGGAGUCUCCACCUAUGCCAAGAGCGGAGGAGCAUCCACAGUGACCCUGCAAUCCACAGGGAACUUCCAGUCCCAGUUCCAGGUGGAUCACACGAACUGUCUGCUGCUCCAGCGUGUGGCACUGCCAGAGGUGCCAGGGGACUACAGCACGGGGGUGACAGGAGAAGGAUGUGUCUACGUGCAGACCAGCCUGAGGUACAAUGUGCUCCCCAAGCCGGGCGAGGCGCCAUUCGCGCUGGAGGUGCACACAGUCCCCAAGACAUGUGACAGCGCCAGGGCUCAAAGGACCUUUAACAUCGCCAUAAACAUCAGCUACACAGGGAAACGCCCCGUCUCCAACAUGGUCAUCGUUGACAUUAAGAUGCUGUCAGGAUUCGUACCUAUGAAGUCAUCAGUGAGGAUGCUGGAAGGACAUCACCACAUCCACCGCACAGAACUGAGCACCAACCACGUGCUGCUCUACAUGGAGCAGGUGAGCAACGUGACUCAGAGCUUCUCCUUCGCGGUGGAGCAGGACUUCCCCGUACAGAGCCUGAAGCCGGCACUGGUGAAAGUCUACGAUUACUACGAGACGGAUGAAUUUGCCAUCGCUGAGUACAGCGCCCCCUGCAGCAAAGUGGGAGCCGAGCAGAGCAAUGUGUGAGGGAUGGAGUCGUGUUCCCAGCCUCCCACGUCCCACCUGCUUAGCCCCUG